AUGAGAAAAUUUUUCAGUCAGAAAAAUAAGAAACAACAUCAACAGCCAAUAUCAUCAUCGACUCUUGCAUCUUCAACUUCCACUUCAUCUUCAAAUGGCACAUUACUACCGAUAGAAAAUGGAGAUGAAACAAAAAAUAUAGAUGAUACGAUUAGCUCAUCUUCUAUAUCACAAAUACCAAAACGUCGUAAACCUCAUUCAGCUCCAAAUCAUCCAUUACCUUUUCUCUCUUCAACAACAUCAACAAUUACAAAACCAGCGAAAAUAAAAUCAACGUCUAAUGAUUCAAUAGCAUCAUUGAAAAAACAAGAUGAUCAAGAUGAGAAAGUAUCAAUAAGUUCUUUUCAAGUUCAACAACAGCAAACAAUAACAACAUCAGCAUCGUCUUUUUCAACGAUCACUUCGUCAGUUUCAUUACCAAAAGCUGAAAUAGAUAUUGAAGAAAAUAAAUCACCUGUACAGACAUUAUUUCCACAUGUUGUUGUUGUUUCAGAUGCUGAUCAAGAACUGUCAAAAUUACAUAUUGCAUCCGAACUAUCAUCAUCACAUCCAAAUCAUUUUCAAUUAAAAACAAGUCAAAAUUUUUUGAGUGUUGAAAACACAUGUUCAGGAAUAGAACAGUCACUAAUAAAUUCAUCUUCAAAUAUUUUACGAAAACGUUCGUCAACCGGUGGUCAAACAAUCAUUCGUAAUCGUGAAUCAAAACAAAAAUUAAAUGAACGUUUAAGAAGACGAAGUUGGAUGACAUCAAAUAUUCAAUUACAAAGUGGUGGAUCACCAAUACCAUCAGCAAUGAUGUCGGUAGUAGGAGGAAAUGACGUUUUAUCUGCAUCAUCAUAUACACCAAAUUCAACUUUUUCUACAAAUCUUGUACGAAUAAGGCGUUUAAGAUUAAGUCAAUCGGAACCUACUCUAACAUCGACACAAAUGAAUUUUCUAUUUGGAAUGGGGACAAUGAAUGCCGGUACAAAACAUCAGUCAAAUUAUGCACCGUCACCAACUCCGCCUCCUUCUCAACAACAUUUAACUCAUUUUCCAUUUUCAUUGAGAAGACCAAGUUCAAAACGAUCAAAUUUAUCUGGUCUCAAUUUAAUUAAUUUAAAAUAUGCGUUAAGAAAACAGUUAUCUCCUCAACAAUCUACACAUUCACCUCAACAUUUGUGUCAAACACAAUCGGAACCACAAACAACAAAAACAGCUCUUCGAAAUAAUUCUACUACAUUUAAUCAAUCGACGUCGAGUGCUUUUAAACCUGUGAUAACUUCAACAACAUGCGCUGUACCAGUUCCAACAAUCGAUGAAAUUAAUCGACGUUGGUCAUUAACCUCGGCUCCCUCUUCAUCCGGUUAUGGUACAACAACUCCUAUUACAUGUCAUUCAAAUCAAUCAUCUCAAUAUUCAUCUUAUGAACGUUUACAACAGCAAAAUUAUUGUUCAUGUUGUUCUACUGGUAGUAAUUCAGGAAAAGAUCAUUCUUCUCAAAUUCCAAUAUCUAUUUCUUCAUUAUCAAUUGUAAAAGAUCAAACAAAUGGUCAAAAUCAACAAUCAAGAUUACAACGUUUAUACAGUUCAAAUGAUAGUUGUAGUAGUGUUAGUGCUAGUGGCAGUAGUUGUGUAGGACUAUUAUUAGAAAAUGAUGAUUAUUCAUUUAAUCAACGUUUAGAAUCACGAUCUCUGUCAAUGUCAAUGUUAGAUCCACAAAUGUCAAGUCCAUUAAAAAUUAAUCCAAUGGAAUCGGAUAUGAAAUCAAUGAGUUUAGUCUAUAAAGAAAGAUAUCCUAAAGCUAAAGUACAAAUGGAAGAACGUCUACAAUCAUUUAUUGAUUCUUACAAGUGUGUGGAUAAAUAUGAUUAUUGUUCAGAUGGAUCAGCACGUUUUAUUCAUAAUCAAAUUAUUGAAUUAGCAAAAGAUUGUUUAGAAAAAUCGAUAAGUGAUGGGGUUACAACCGAUUAUUUUAAUGAAAUAACAGAAAAUUUAGAACGUCUAUUAUUAAAUGCUAAAGAUAAAUGUCCAAGUUUAAUAUUAAAUUUACAAAAAGUUGUUAAAAGUUUAUUAUUUACAAUAGCACGGUCGGCUCGUCUACUAGAAUGUCUUGAAUUUGAUCCAGAAGAUUUUCUUUUAGCACUUGAUGACAUUGAAUCACAAGCAAAAUUGAUAAUUAAACAAGAUAUACCAAAAUAUAUUUGUUCAAAAUUAAAUUUAGAUCGAAAUCCACUUGAUAUUGAUUUAUUACAACAGACACAGAAAGAACAGACAAUAUUUGAUAAAAAAAUGAUACAAAAUGAUAAUGAAAAAGAAAAUGAAAGAAUUCAUGAAACAGAAAAAUCUCUCUUUCCACCCUAUUUAUUAUCAACGAAUGAAGAAUCUAUCACAAAUUCAACAACGACAAAUAAUAAUUCAUCAUCAUCGUCAAACGAUCUAAAUUAUUUAACAAUUACUGCAAAUAGUACAUUAUUAAACACAUCUAUUUCUUCUAUGCGACCAUCAAUUGAACAUACAUUUUCUAGUAAAGCUCAAGAACAACAACAAUUAAAAGUUCCAUGUGAAGAUGAUUUUGAAAUAGUAAAAUUAAUUUCAAAUGGUGCCUAUGGUGCCGUACAUUUAAUUAAACAUAAACAAACACAUGAACGAUAUGCUAUGAAAAAAAUAUCAAAAACAAAUUUAAUUUUAAGAAAUCAAGUUGAACAAGCAUUCAUGGAAAGAGAUAUAAUGACAUUUACAGAUAAUCCAUUUGUUGUGGCUCUAAUAUGUACAUUUGAAACAAAAAAACAUUUAUGUAUGGUUAUGGAAUUUGUUGAAGGUGGGGAUGUGGCAACAUUAUUAAAAAAUAUUGGUGGACCAUUAAAUAUUGAUAUAGCAAGAAUGUAUUUUGCUGAAACAACAUUAGCUGUUGAAUAUUUACACUCUUACGGAAUUAUACAUCGAGAUUUAAAGCCAGAUAAUUUAUUAAUUACGGCUAUUGGUCAUAUAAAAUUAACAGAUUUUGGUUUAUCAAAAAUUGGUUUAAUGAGUUUAACAACAAAUUUUUAUGAAAAACAUAUUGAUAAAGAAACAAAAGCAUUUAAUGAUAAACAAAUAUGUGGUACACCUUCUUAUAUUGCACCAGAAGUUAUUUUAAGACAAGGUUAUGGAAAACCAGUUGAUUGGUGGAGUAUGGGUAUAAUAUUGUAUGAAUUUUUAAUUGGUAUUCCUCCAUUUACUGGCAAUACGCCUGAUGAUUUAUUUGCUAAUGUGAUUAAUGGUCAAAUAGAAUGGCCAGAUAUUUUAGAUGAAAAUAGUGAUUCAUCGUCAACAAAUAAUACAUCGGAAAUGUUAUGCAUUGACGCUAAAAAUUUAAUUGAAUGUUUACUAGAACAUGAUCCAUCACAACGACUGGGUAAAAACUCCACGUUAGCUAUAAUAUAUGUCUUCGUCAAAGUUCAAUAUCUUUUAGGUACCUUGGGUCCUUAUGAAGUAAAAUCUCAUACAUUUUUUACGUGUAUUAAUUGGGACACAUUGUUAAGAGAAAAAGCCGAUUUUGUUCCCGUCUUAGAGAGUCCAGAUGAUACGUCUUAUUUUGACACAAGAGAAGAUCGAUAUGAACAUAAUUUAUCUAAUACGGAUAAUGAUGAUGAUGAUUUAGAUGUUACACAAGCGACGAAAGCCACCACAUUAACAACCGUUGAUAACGAAGCACAAACAAGUAAACAUGGGGGUGGAAGUUUACUGAGUGGUGGAGAGACAACAGAUUCUGAAAGUUUAUUUGCCUCAUUUUCAUCAUGUUCGCUAAGAUAUAUGUCCGAAUUGUCCGUUAGUCAAAAUUUCAAUACUAUAGUACCUCAGCAACAUCACAAUUUGUCACAUCCAAAAAAUCAGCUAGUAAAACAAGAUUAUUCAACAACGUCAGAUAUAUCUUCAACGGAUGUUUCAAGAACAAAUUCUUGUUCGGAAUGUUUUAAUGGUGAUAGUGACACACAACAAAUUAUUUCACAAUAUCAACAAUCAGAUUCAAUUGGAGAAUUUUUACCUAUACAGCCAACAAUACCUGCCCAAUUCCAACAACAACAUCGAGUAUUAUGCUUAGCACAAUCACUACCUACACAAUUAACGAUAAGCAAAGAUAAUGAUAAUAUAAAAGACUUAAAAUCUCCUAUUAUAAAACAAUUUGGCUCCGAUACAUUUGAGCCCACAAAUGGAGUACCAACAGAUGGAAAUAGCGAACAAGAACAGCCUAUAUUAGAUAAAUUAUUAUGUGAUUUAAGCAAUAAUGUCAAUUCUCAUCGUAAAGAUUCAUUAAAUUCACAAUCAUCAGUAUCCUCUUCACUAUCAUCCUCUCCCGAUUGUCCCUCAUUGACGACCUCAUCAAACAACACCUCUUCAACUACAUCCAGUAAGAAAAAAUCUAAAACAACAGCAAAAGAUAUAACAGGAAAAGAUGGCAAAAAACAACGCAAAAUUUCAAUCAAACUAUCUGAACAUGAUGAUAAAAGUCAACAUCAUUUAUGUCGUGAUUACGACGAUAGUGAAGAUGAUCAAACAAAGCCACGGCAUCAUCAUCACCAUCAUAGAAAACCUCAACGGCGAUUAUCUCCAUUACAACUAAAACUGUCUUCUGUGCUACCUACUCCAUCUGUUAGUGUGUCAGUGACUAGUCCAUUAGCAAAUUUAACAUCAUUCGAUGUCACAGCAUCAAAUCAAUCGAAUUCAAUAAACUCUGCAGCGAGUAACACAAAAAUCACUGCUUCACUAUCUCCAUCUUCUACGUCAAAAUUAUCGGAAUUAACUACUGCUUCAAACACUAAUCGUCAAUUAUUAUUACUACCACAAGUAUCGAUCUCAAUUAAAAGUGGCGUAAAUCAAGAACAACAACAUGCUGCUAUGAUUAAACCUGAAACAAAUUUAACUGAACAACAAAACUUUAAGAAAUCUGCUUCUUCCCAUGCAUUAGUUUCUAAACAACAAAAUCAAGUAGUAACAACAGUACAACAAAUAAAACCGGUGAAUACUCAGACAACUCCAAAUAAGUACAGUCAGCAGAAUAAUGUGAAAAAAUUUCCUCGAUCAUUAUCAAAAUCAUUUUCAUCAUCUUCAUCCAAUUCGUCACCACCUCCAUCACAACAAUCUCAUUCUUGGAUGUCUCAUCAGGAUUACGGUAUAAAAGGUUUAACGAUUCAACAACGUCAUAAUACUGUUUCACCAUUAGAACGUGAUAUUCUCUCUACAUCUCCUUUAAGAGAUGUUCUCUUCAUGAAACACAAUCAACAUCAGUUAACAUCGAUAACUCAAUCUCCUUUACAGUCUAUCACACAAAAUUUACGUCCUCCAAUUAUAAUUCGACGUGGACCAAGAAGUUUCGGUUUUACAUUGCGUGCUGUGAAAGUAUUUCAUGGAAAUACGGAUUAUUACACUACUCAGCAUGUUGUUGUCGCCGUUGAAGGGCCAGCAGAAGAAGCUGGUCUACGUCCAAAUGAUGUCAUUACACAUGUGAAUGAACGUCCCGUAGCUGGUUUAUUGCAUCCCGAUGUUGUUAAACUAAUAUUAAACGGUUCACCAAAGUUAUCAAUUCGAGCAAUACCGUGUUCGGAAACAAAAAUUAGAAGUGGCGGUAGAAGACGAUCACCAUCAAAACAGAAAAUGAGACAUAACGAUUGUCAUCAUAAUCCAGCAAAUUCACAUAAUCAAAAGAAUAAGAAAACACAAACGCGUCAUCAUGAUAUAUCAAAGUCGUCAACCAUACGUAAUCCCGGUAGUGGUAGUGGUAAAAAACAUGCACAAAACAAUUCCUUAUUUCGUCGGUUAAGUGAACGUAAAGUUGCGAGAGAUAUAGAAGCAGCUAUUAAUCAACAAAACCAGAUGACCACUCCACCACCAAUUAUUCCCACGACAUCAGCUAGUACUACAACCACUAGUCCGCUUUCAUCCUCCUUACCGUUGCUGUUAUUUGCCUCAUCAUCAAUAGCCACAACAAACGACACAUGUACAAACGAAGGGCGAUCUCUGUCAUCACUAUCCUCACCAUUAGAUAAACAUCAUCAACAUCUAUCGAUUUUAGAUUCAAAUGAAUGGCCACCGUUACAGUCAAUAACUGCCUCUUGUACUACUCAAAAAUCGAAAAAAUUCAAUCCUGAACAGUAUUUAUCAUCGUUAUCGUCAAAUGACAAUGAGAAUCACGAUGGAUCACUAUUAAGUUGUUUGUUUCCAGCUACUAGGCAAACUAUGCCAAUGCAAACUCGAAAUCCACAACAAAUAUCUGUAUCUCCAUUAGCUCGUUGUCAACCACAACAACAAUCUUGUGAUACUACUGAUAGCAUAACUCGUUCUUAUCAGUCAUCUUCUGAGCAUGUCUUGCAUCCACCUCCCUUCUACUACCAUGCACCUUCGCAUCUUUCGCAUAAACAACUUUGUAAAACAUUAUCUGAACCACCGCGAAUUUCUUCUCAUUAUCGACCAACAAAUCAUGAAACAAUCACAACAACAACCGUGACACCGACCACCACCACCCUGUCGAUGUUUCGUCCAAGACCAUCAAUUAAAUUACAUCAAAUAAAAACAAUUCGUAAUGAAACAUUAUCAAGCAAGACAUUAAAAAGUAGUAGCAAUAAUAAUAAUCGUUUAAAUUUGCCCACGUUCACUUAUCAGAAACCAUCGUCAUCAUCCCUUCAGCCACCAUUUAUUUUGAGUGAUACUGUAAAUAUAAUAAAACGCCAUAGCUUUAAUCUAGCAACAUCCGAUUUUAUCGAUUUACCAAAGUCCAAACCAAUUUUACUCGAAGAAUUAGAAAAUAUUCAAAAGCAUUCUCGUUCUUCAUCAACAUCUUCAUCGAGUUCAUCAUCGACUCUUAAGCGAGAAACAUCACCAACAAAUGACUUUAAUCAACUACAGCAGCAACAAAAUUAUUUUCGAUGUAGAAAAACAAAAUUCUUCCCGCGAAAAUAG